GGAUCCCGAGUCAAAAGCCACUGCGGAGACGGAGGGCACUGCUGCACUGCUGUUGCCUUGUUGCAUUGCAUGUGUGAGUGAGUGGAGACUGGAGACUGGAGAGUCACACUGGCCGCGCCUGCGCUCCGAGGCAGCGGAGCACGGACGAGAGACGCCGCCAGCUCAGCCGUUGAUUGAUGCCGCACGAGCCUCGCGACCUGCAUUCGAUACAAACAAGGCCGGCGCAUCGGCAUUCCUCCUUCCUUAAACCCACCCCGGCAUCGGGCACGCCGCACGCCACGCCUCACCGAGUCACCUUCCCAGCCAGCUACCCUUCCCCCUACCAAUUCCAAAUCUCUCACCCGGCUUGAGGAUGGCGGCGCAGGUGGUCGCAGCGGCGGGCACCCCGGUGGCCAGGCCGCUGGGCGGUGGAUCUGGGGCCGACGCGCUCCGGCCCGCGGCGAGGAUGCCAAGGGAGAGAAGGACCGGUGCUGUGGCCGCGAGAGGACGCCGCGAGUCUCAGGUGGUAUCCGUCAUAAGCCGCGCCCCACGCCCCGAUGCCGGGGUGCUGCCGGUGUCGCCCGACGACGACGCGGCCGUAAAGGAAGAAGCAAACUUCCAGCACCUUAAGGCUAUCCAGCAACUUGCAACUGCAGCAAAUGGCGUGUGGUCUAAACCAAAUGUAAGGCGCAAGACAAAGAUUGUGUGUACAAUCGGUCCUUCAACCAACACAAGGGACAUGAUAUGGAAACUCGCUGAGACUGGCAUGAAUGUGGCUCGGCUUAAUAUGUCACAUGGAGACCAUGCAUCACACCAGAAAGUUAUUGAUCUGGUAAAGGAGUACAAUGCAUCACAUGCUGACAAUGUGAUUGCUAUCAUGCUUGACACAAAGGGACCAGAAGUUCGAAGUGGAGAUUUGCCUCAACCGAUAUUUCUGGAAAGCGGACAAGAAUUUACUUUUACAAUCAAAAGGGGAGUUGGGACUGAUACGUGUGUUAGCGUUAACUAUGACGACUUUGUUAAUGAUGUUGAAGUGGGCGACAUGCUCCUUGUAGAUGGAGGAAUGAUGUCAUUCUUGGUCAAAUCAAAAACUGAAGAUUCUGUGAAAUGUGAAGUUAUUGACGGUGGUGAAUUGAAAUCUAGGCGCCAUCUGAAUGUUCGUGGAAAGAGUGCAACCUUGCCAUCAAUAACUGACAAGGACUGGGACGACAUUAAGUUUGGUGUGGAUAAUCAAGUUGAUUACUAUGCUGUUUCCUUUGUGAAAGAUGCUCAAGUUGUCCACGAACUCAAGGAUUAUCUAAAAAGUUGCAAUGCUGACAUACAUGUUAUCGUAAAAAUAGAAAGUGCAGACUCCAUCCCCAACUUACAUUCAAUCAUCACAGCAUCUGAUGGGGCUAUGGUUGCCAGGGGUGACCUUGGAGCCGAGCUGCCCAUUGAGGAGGUGCCGCUGUUGCAGGAAGAAAUUAUUAGAAUGUGCAGGAGCAUGGGGAAGGCUGUUAUUGUUGCUACAAAUAUGCUCGAAAGUAUGAUUGUUCAUCCAACUCCAACCCGAGCAGAAGUUUCAGACAUUGCUAUAGCUGUCCGAGAGGGUGCUGAUGCAGUUAUGCUUUCAGGAGAAACUGCACAUGGGAAGGAGAGGGUUAGGCAACGAUUGGCUUUGUACCAAGGUGUAUGUCCGGUUCAAAUGGAAUUUUCUGAUGAUGCUGAGAAGACAUUUGGCAAUGCUUUGUCUUAUUUGCUGAAACAUGGUAUGGUUAAGGACGGUGAGGAGGUUGCGCUCGUUCAAAGUGGUAAACAUCCCAUCUGGAGAUCACAAUCAACACACAACAUUCAGGUGAGGAAGAUCUGAUGCGGAACGCACAUAGUAUUCUGAUUGUUGGAGGACAUCGUUUCUUCUAGCAAACCGCAAGGUCUUGUUACAAUGAUACCACACUGGUAGUAAGUACUGGUAUUGGUGAGAUAGUUGGUGCUGAGCUAGUGUUGUGAUUCUUUUUCUUACUUGUGCACUAGUGCUGUUUUCCUUCCGUGUAAAAAGGCCAAUCCAAUUGCCGCUUGGUUUUAGCUGUAGCUUUGGGAACUGUAGGCUUGUUGUAAUACAGUUCGUUCUGUCAAUGUUAAGGACUUUUGCCUCGAGAGCUAGGCAUAACUCGAAGCUCACCAAACAGCAAUCUACCUGCAAAUUGCAACGCAUUUUGCGUCUUUA